AUGGAGAAGUACCACAACAUCAGUGGCAUGACGUCUUGGAGGCGGAAUUAUCGCAUUCCGUCCGUGAGGAACAUCGCAAUCAUCUGUGCUGUCUUCGUACUGCUCUAUCACUUUCGCGCAUGGAACCUGAGUUACCAAGAAAGUCCGACACCGCUGGUAUCCGUAGAGCCUCCCGAGGCAGCGCCAGAGACACCGUACCCGCAUGAGCCGGAACAGCCGGAACAGCCAGCACAGCAACAACAGCAGCCGACGACGACGCCAGUCCUAGAGCCCACGGGUAUUCCUAAGAAGAUCUGGUACAAGCUGGGACCCAAGGGACUCAGCGACGACGCCCGUGGAUGGACGGACACAUGUAUCUCACAGAAUCCGGAAUAUCACGCAGAAUUCUUGACAGACCAGUCCGCAGAUGAGUUUGUCCAGGACAGGUAUACAAGCCGUCCUGAUAUCGUGAACACGUACAUGGCCCUCACCAUACCAAUUCUGAAAGUUGAUCUGUUCCGUUACCUGCUUCUUUAUGCAGAGGGCGGUCUCUGGUUCGAUCUCGAUGCGACGUGCGAGGGUAUACCGAUUGACAAAUGGGUCCCGGAAGGGAUCGACCCCGACCUAGUUGUCGGCUGGGAAUUUGACGGCGGUUACCAUUUUGAAUUCGACAGGCAAUUUACAACCUGGACUGUUAUGGCAAAGAAGGGUGUACAUCAUCUACUUUCUGUAGUAGAUGAUGUUGUCUAUGCCAUUACUGAUCUGGCAAAGGCGAAUAAUGUCACCAUUCCGCAGCUGAAUAUGGAAAUGGUGGGUGAUGUUGUGGAUUUUACUGGGCCGAAGAGAUUUGCAAGAAGCGUUAUGAAGAGCGUGGAGUUAGCGGCGAAUUCUACUGGUGGUUGGGAAGGAUGGGAGCCGUAUCACGAAAUCUUGGAACCAAAGCUCGCUGAAAAUGUCCUGAUCCUCCCAGGAUAUGCGCUAGCGGCAUCAUAUAAUACGUACGAAGAGCAGGACAAAGUCGGCCCUUCCUUGGUGGUUCACCACUAUGCCGGGACUUGGAAGAACGAGUAUGGCGGAGAGAGGGUGGAGGAAAAGGCCCAAUCUUCAUGA